UUAUUUUUGGAUUUCAUUUACAUUACUUUUGUGCUCUUUUGUAGAUUACUUUUAAAUUACUUUUGUGCUUACCCUUAUCUGCCGUCACAUAUAUUGAAACAGGAUAAUCUUGUGAUAUUUUGACAAAUAGAAAGUAAAAAUACCUUCAUUCUUCAUCAUCAUCAAGAGCCUCAACAUCAUCUGUUUAAAGUGCAAUGAUGGACAGUCAAUGCUUUACAAUAGUUCUCUGUUAGUGUUCGCUUAGAGUAACACUGAAUAACACUAAAGCACAGCUGAUGAGUUUAAAACAUUCACUUCAUAUUAGGUGCAUUUAAAAAAACAACAAGAUUACAAAAAACAAUAUUGAAGAACAUUAAAUUCACAGCAAAUAUUCAAAUAUUUCAUUUUAAAAACAUCAGAUAACAGCAACAAUGUAAAUGAGAAAAUCACAAAUGUAUAUAAGAAUUGUGAACAACUUAUUGCCAUUGUGUAAAAAUCAUGUGCAAUCAUGUAACUGAUAAAAAGUAACAGUAGUCUGAUUACGAGUAUUUCUAAAAGUAGUUUAAUUACAUGUACUGGAUUUUUUGUAAACCUAUUACGUAAUCUAGAUUACAUAUAAUCCGCUAAUACUCUCUGACACAUGAAACGAGUAAUAAUGACACCGUAAAAUAAAGUAAUAAGACAUACUCAAAAGCUGCAUGAGUGUUUAAUAAUGAUCAGUGUGUGGUUUUUAAGUGUGUUUGUGCUCUACAGCUGGUUUGCGUCUUAAACCGGUUCUCUCUGGACCCCGUCUCGCUUAUCGAGGCUCUCAAGUCCAGUUCGAAUGCAAAGUUCCAGACUGGCUUUCACCUUUAACCUUUGAACUCUGGAAGGACACUGGAGGUCUCAUUGCAACAGAGCACAACGUCAACGUGACCUUUGACCUCCAGGUCACCGAGGGGUCAGAGGGCGAAUACUACUGCAGGGUGACCAACGGAGGACUGAGCAGCAACACGAUCCCCUUCCAGACAUUCCAGUGUUGGGCGCUCGUGUAUCUGCAGACCCACACCCGCCGCUGCUGUAUGAAGAACAGAAGCUGGUUCUGCGCUGUGAGGUCCGGAAGGGAACACAUCUGUCCUUCAGCUGGUUUUAUAAUGAGCAGCAGGUGAAUCCGUCUUCAGGACUCUACCGCAUCAAUGCAGACACACUCACGGUGGACAGCGCAGGUGAACGGCAUGCUGGGAUAUACUCCUGCAUGGCUGAAAACCAGGUGACGGUCAACCCGAGAUUCUCCAGCAGCCCCAACAUACAGGUCAUCGUCAAGAAGCACAUCUCUCAGCUGUCUGCGUCUCUGUGGGUGUGGUGGGACGGCGCCGCCCUGCAGGCCAACAUCAGCUGUGCUGUGGCGUCUGGCUCUCCGCCGCUGCUCUUUACUCUCCUGCUGGACGGACGGCAGCUGGAGCAGAAACAUGUGGAUGCUCUGAGCUCCAGCUUCUCUGUGCCAAUCCUUAUGGGGCAAGAUCUGGGUUCCGCUCAGUGUAGAGCUCAAACAGACACCCGGAUGCUGCUGUCGGACCCUGUGCACUUACACGUGGUUCCUGUAGGUGGCGCUGUGCAUGUGAUGGUGACGUACCUCCAUGACGUCAAUGCGAUGACAGCAGCUGCUCUUCUCAAAUGCGUCCCAGAAAGAGGAACGUUCCCGCAGUUCUCCUGGUCUGUGAACCAUUCCUCCCUUCCAGCAGGGGGCGACGCUCAUGCUGUCAGUGAUCGCGGACAGAUCUUAAUCCUCACAGAUAUUAACUCUGGCUAUUAUCGAUGUUGUGUACGGGACAGUUUCAAUGAGAGCUCCGUCUGGCUGGAGAGUGCAGAAGUCUUCGUUCAGAGGACAGGUGAGCGAUUUACAUUCAUUCGUUCAUUUUCUUUUCGGCCUAGUCCUUUUAUUAAUCUGGGGUCGCCACAGCGGGAUGAACCGCCAACUUAUCCAGCAUAUGUUUUACGCAGCAGAUGCCCUUCCAGCUGCAACCCAUCACUGGGGAACAUCCAUACACUCCAGCUGAUGGUGCUUCUGUAUGUUCUUUACAGAUCCUGCAUUGCCGUCGAUGGAGGUCAUCGCAUUAGUCUUCUGUGGUUUUCUGUCGAUGGUGAUCGUCGGAGGAUCAAUUUUUAUGUUCUGGAACAUCGAGCGCAAAAACCACACCUGCAAACAGCACAGCAAUCAGUGUGUCCAAACUGACCGUAUAAUCAGUGUGAACGCUCCAGCAGCUGAUGUUUCCCCGGAACCACAAUCUCUGGAAAUGAAAGCUGUAAUCAUGGAAUUUGAGGCAUAAAACCGAGCUGGAGGACAGAAAGCAGCAGUUUACCUUCACCCUCAACACACGUCUGGAAUCAAUUCGACAACAUCAACUGUUUACAAAAACCAUUAAAGGGAAAUUUGUAUAUCACUGUUGUUGGGAUACAGAGAACUGGUGUAUUUUUGGACCAGUAUGUAACUGGGUCAAUAGACUACCAAUAAGCUUCAGGAUAAACGGUACCAAUAAUUGCA